CUCGACCUAGCCAAUGACUGGCCAGCAAGUCAGUGUGUUGUUCUGUCAUGUCAAGCCGUCAUGUUUUCGUGUCUGCUAUGGCUUGAAACUACCCCUUUUCGCCAUCCGCCUGAAAAAUGAACCAGGCAAACAGUCUGAAAUUUGACAAGUUGGCGCCUGUUCGCCAGAGUCCCACCGCCGGCGUGGCCACGCAGUCCAUGACGGUCUCCAGCGGAGAGCAGCAACAAGCCCAACAGCUUCAGCAGCAGCACAUAGCUGAUAGACCAGGAAAACCGCUAUCUCCAGAAGAACAGUUCAACAUGUGGCUAUCAACAGGAGAAGUCAGUUCCAUGGCUGUAGAGGAAGUUGCAUCUGUACUCCAAGUAGAUGUUCGAACUGGUCUGUCUUGGCGUGAAAGCGAACAGAGAAGGUCUCUCACUGGCUUGAAUGAGCUUGCAGUUCUUCAAGAAGAUCCAACAUGGAAAAAAUAUAUAGAGCAGUUUAAAAACCCUUUGAUAAUGCUACUUUUGGGAUCAGCUGUUGUAAGCAUAUGUAUGAAACAAUACGAUGAUGCAGUAUCCAUCACAGUUGCUAUUAUCAUCGUGGUUACUGUGGCAUUUGUUCAAGAGUACCGGUCUGAAAAGUCACUUCAAGAGUUGACAAAGCUCGUCCCCCCUUCAUGUCAUUGUGUACGUGAAGGACAACUUGAAACCUUCCUCGCCAGAGAAUUGGUACCUGGAGACAUUGUGUAUCUAUCUGUAGGAGAUCGUGUCCCAGCUGACUUAAGACUUUUUGAGACAAUUAAAUUGGAGAUUGAUGAAAGUAGCUUCACUGGGGAAACAGAACCAGCUGUCAAGAGCACAUCACCGAUAAUGAAAUCUAAUGGACAUAGCUCAAAAACUAAUAUGGCGUUCAUGGGGACACUGAUUCGGUCCGGGAAUGGAAAGGGUAUUGUUAUCAAUACUGGUGAGAGAUCUGAAUUUGGAGAAGUAUUCAAAAUGAUGCAAGCAGAAGAGGCUCCGAAGACACCCUUGCAGAAAUCCAUGGACAAGCUUGGCCAACAGCUUUCAUUUUAUUCGUUCUGUAUAAUUGGUCUUAUAAUGCUCCUAGGAUGGUUACAAGGACGACCAAUCAUGGACAUGUUUACCAUUGGCGUAAGCUUGGCUGUUGCUGCUAUUCCAGAGGGGCUUCCUAUUGUGGUGACAGUUACCCUUGCCUUAGGUGUAAUGAGAAUGGCUAAAAGGAAAGCAAUUGUAAAGAAGCUCCCCACUGUUGAAACUCUCGGUUGUGUUAAUGUUGUUUGCUCAGACAAAACGGGGACUAUAACUAAAAACGAAAUGACUGUGACUAAGCUUCUAACUUCAGACGGAUAUGCAGCUGAGGUUACUGGGGCAGGAUACAAUGACCAAGGUGAAAUUCGAACCCAUAACUGUGAUGUCAUGGAAACAGCCUGGCAGUCUAUCUACAGGCUUCUUGAGGUUGGCUGUCUUUGCAAUAAUGCCAAAAUCAGUAAUGAAGUUUUGAUGGGGCAACCUACUGAGGGUGCCUUGUUGGUUGCUGGCAUGAAGCAUGGAAUUUAUGAUCUACAACAAAAGUAUGUUCGCCUGCAAGAGUUUCCAUUCAGCUCAGAAGAAAAGAUCAUGGCGGUGAAGUGUGUACCAAAAUAUGACGAUACCAAAGAGGAAAUAUUUUUCGUUAAGGGUGCCAUGGAAAAAAUUCUUCCUUUGUGCACAAAAUUUUCUCAGAAAGGCUCAGUGUACCCUAUUAAUGCCAAGAAACAGCAAGAAUAUUUAGGAGAGGCACAUGAUAUUGCCAGGAAAGGAUUGCGAGUGAUUGGGAUGGCCAGAGGUUCUUCUCUUGAGGACUUGGUUUUUGUCGGUAUGGUUGGUAUAUGUGAUCCCCCACGGCCCCAUGUGAAAGAUGCAGUACAGAUGUUACAGAAUUCUGGUGUGCGCGUGAAUAUGGUAACUGGCGACUCUCAAGAAACUGCACUAGCCAUUGCUGCAGCUGUGGGCUUGGAUACUGUACACCUUCAAUCCCUCUCUGGUGAUCAGAUUGAUCAAAUGGGUGAGCAGCAGCUCGAGCAAAUUAUCAAAAGUGUCAGUGUAUUUUAUCGUGUUACUCCCAAACAUAAGCUGUGCAUCGUCAAGGCCUUUCAGAAACACGGCAUUAUUGUCGGGAUGACUGGUGAUGGUGUAAAUGAUGGUGUUGCUUUAAAAAAAGCUGACAUUGGUAUUGCAAUGGGAAAAAAUGGAACAGAUGUUUGUAAGGAAGCUGCAGAUAUGAUUCUUAUUGACGAUGAUUUUAAGACAAUAAUAGCUGCUAUUGAGGAGGGGAAAGGCAUCUUCCACAAUAUUCGGAAUUUUGUUCGAUUUCAGUUGAGCACUAGCAUUGCAGCACUCUCUCUGAUAGCUCUUUCCACCCUUCUUGGAAUACCAAACCCUUUGAAUGCCAUGCAAAUUUUGUGGAUCAAUAUAAUUAUGGAUGGCCCACCUGCUCAAAGUUUGGGAGUUGAACCUGUGGACAAAGAUGUGGUCAAACAGCGCCCUCGUAAUGUGCGAGAACCUAUGAUUACAAGGUCUCUUAUUGGAAAUGUUCUAUCAUCAGCCAUUAUUAUAAUUUUGGGGACACUAUGGGUGUUCAAACGAGAAAUGAGUGACAAUUUUAUCACAAAAAGAGACACAACAAUGACAUUUACUUGUUUUGUAUUUUUUGACAUGUUUAAUGCAUUGUCUUGCCGUUCUCAGACAAAAUCUGUAUUUUCAAUUGGUUUCUUCAGCAAUCGAAUGUUUUUGUUAGCUGUUACACUUUCUAUAGUGGGGCAGAUGCUGGUCAUCUAUUUCCCACCUCUUCAGAUGGUUUUCCAGACGGAAGCUUUGUACUUGACAGAUAUUAUUUUUCUUGUUGCUCUCACAUCAACGGUAUUUAUAUUUUCGGAACUGAAGAAAUUAUUCGAAAGACGCAUGGAGACUCGUCUUCGAUCCAUCAAGUCUGAUCUCGACUUUGUAUGACAUCCGGUUUUCUCCGGCGGAAAAGCUAGUCGCCAAGACUAGAUGAUUCGUCGGAUGAGUCUUAUAUGACUCAUUACAGAAUACUUUUGAGUGUUCGGGAAGUGACACAUCCCCUAGUCAAAUCACCAAUCUCUGUUGUGUCAUUUCCACUGAACUUGAAGAGAGAAACUCAUUAACUCCUCUAUACCGUUUGCAAGAACUUGUGCAUUGCUGAAUGUGAAAAUCGAAUUCCUGUGCACCCGUUUGGCUUCAAAACUUUUGAGGGAGGUGUAAGUAUUAUUGAGAAAUGUAUACAGGUCCUUAAAAAUCAUCUCGAAGUAUUGUCAGCUGUUUUUGUUAUUUGUUCAUAUUUAUGUUUUAUAUUGUGACAACAAGUUGAAUGUAACCUGACCAAAUACUGGUUGAAAGCCUAGGUUAAAUCGCGAUUUUUGUAAACCAACAGGAACACUGUUGCACUCAACAUGUCAGAAAAGUGUGGCUCUGCCACUUGUUAAUAUAAUUGGAUAUUUAUGUAGAAUUGAAAGCAGGUGAUUUGCUUGUGGUGCUCUCAUCUUGGCUAUUCACCACAAUGAUACUCAUUUCCAUUUCUCUAUGGUAAAUUCAUUGGUAAGACCUCUUUGUAGGAGAACUCUUCCAAUAAAUUGAAAAUGAAACAAAUCUUAGGAUAAAUUUAGUUCAGUCAGAAGAGUAGCUUUGUUUUGCCAAGUUACAUUUUGCAGCUAUCCAUAUUUCAAACUGGUUCUUACACACAUUUUAGGACUUCUUUUCUCAAUUCUAUAAAACUAGAAAGAAAAUAGUGUAAGUUUAUUGUGAGCUCUAACAUUAGAAAAAUGAGCCUGAUUCCUCUCUGUUCUAUGAUGCCAUCUCUCAUCAAAGCUGUUGACUUGGCUGUGGAAAUGCAUACCAUUGAUUUCACUUUCCCAUGGAACAGGUUGGGUGAAGGGGCUGAGAACCCCAUGUACUUAGUGAAACUGGAACUCGUAGCACAGUCAAUAGCAUGUGUUUUCUCAGUUUCUCGUACAAAUUUACUCUGUGAUAUGGAUUGCUGUCUCAAGCUUUAGUUGCAUCAGCGAUUUAUUUAUAAGGAAACCAGGCACUUUCUUUAAGUGUUAUGAUAAUUAGCAAAAUUUUUGAGUUAGGUCAGUGCCUUUUGCACUUCACAAUAUUUCUUAAUUGAGUGCUUAACAAUUCACAAUGAACUGUGUGAGUGUGUGUGUUGAAAAUGUAUUACUUUUGAGGCAGUGUGAAGCCUAUACUUGUUAUCUUAUUAACGGAGUACAUUUGUUAAAAUUGUCUAUUGGAUUGAUUGAAUGAAUGACAGGCUAGACCAUAAAGUUGCUUUUACCUUAAUCGUUGAGGAUUAAAUAAGUGAUAAAUAUAUUGUUAAUUACAAAUGCUAUUUCAUGUAUUGUAUCUUAUCUUGACAUUUUGUUGUUCUAUAUGUUUUGAGAAUGUGCCUUUUUGCGCCUUUCCUUCAGCACAAAGUGUGUGAGCUGGCACCAUAGCAUAAAGAUUUUUCUUACCUUCAGGAAUAUCCUUAAACUAGCAUGCAAGGUCCUAAUUGUUGACUGAAACUAUAUUAUUAGUUCCUCCUAGAGUUUUCUACUUGCCUUUUCAUUUCUGUCAUCAUAGAGACUUUUCCUUCAGAAUUUUGUAUCUAUGGAAUGAAUGUAAAAGCCGUGGCUAACUAAUUAUUGUAGUUGGUGAGGUUUUUCUCUCCUAAUGCAGUUAGCCCCUACCCUCUCCCAUCUAUAUUUUGAGGUUUUAGUGCCUUCAAAAUAUUUUCUAAUAAAUUUGUAUUGCUUUGCCUUACCUUACCGUAAGUAAUUUUAAUGUAAUCCUUUUUAUUCAAUUAUCUUACUUGAAAACAGUUUUCUUCUUGAACAUUCCUUAUUUUUGUCGCAACAUUGAAGGUGGAAUAAUUUCUUGAAUUCAUACUGUGUGCUAGUUAGGCAAACUGGCCACCUCCUUUUGCUUUGCAUUUUUGGAUGUAUAUUCAUCUCAAGUGCAGCAGUUCUAAAUAAUUUUGAACAGUUCUUGCUGUGUUAUUCCUGCUGCAUACUUCUGUUAAGUAGACUCUAUAUUGAUUGUGUUGCUUUUUUUCCCUGACAUUUUUGGAAGUUUUCAAUGCACUUUUGAUCAUUCUUUUGCUUGUUUUCUUUGGUUGUGAAUUUUAGUGAAUCUCACUUAAAGUUAGCACUAAAUUUUUUUAUAUCAAAUUACUCCACAGCAACAAAGUAAAAAGUUAAGGUACAGGCAUACUAGUGAAUAUCACUUAACUUUUAUGUAGUAUUGUCAAGUUUUUUGUCCUUUCCCACUCAUUGUGUUUUAUCUUUCUACCGAAAUUCAAAACAUGUUGCUGAGAAAUAUACCUGUUGUCAAAUGA